GCCACCUCGCUGCCUCCUGGGCACCGUGGGCGGCUGUGCGCGCCGCGGUGCGGUUUUCAGACUUGGGGCCAGCCGGUCUGCGGCCGCGCACAAAGGACCACGGACACCGGGCGUCCGGGGACUGCGCCCAGGGACCGGCCAGGGACAGCAGCUGCGCCUCGUCCCUACGCCUCCCCUCCGAGCCCCGCCGGAGCGGACCCGUCAUAUGACAGCGGCGACACAGCGACCAGCGAGCGCCAGUGCUGCCCGCUCCGCUGCGCCACGGCCACGGGCUCCUAAGGUGGCCCUCGCCGCGCCCCGCUGAGCGGUCGCCUGCCGCCGCCCCAAGCCCCACGCGUCCUAGCUAUCCGGCUCCCGGAUCAGGAGCCCCGGGGAACCUCCCGCCAGAGCCGAGCCUAAGAUGGCCACGCUGCUCCGUAAAAUCGGGCUCAUUCGCCUGCACAACCGGGACACGGAGGACCCCAAGCACCACCACAACCACCGCGGCGGAGGCGGCGGCCAGCAGAGCGCGUCGCUUCGUGGCAAAGGCGGCGGCAAGAGCGGCGGCCACAAGCAGCAGCAACAGCAGCAGCAGCACCCCGGGGGCGCGGGCGACGCCAGCCCCGGGCCCGGCAAGGGCAAGAGCAAGCGCGCGGCGGAGCUGGCCGCGCGCGACAAGCAGCCACAGCCGGCCGCGGGGGCGGCGGGGGCGGCGGGCGCCGGGGGCCCCCGGGAGCGGGCGGCGGGCGCCAGGGCGGGGCCGGGCCCCGCGGUGGCCGCAGCGGCGGCGGGCGGCAGUCUGGUGCCCGCGGCUCGCCAGCAGCAUUGCACACAGGUGCGCAGCCGGCGGCUGAUGAAGGAGCUACAGGACAUCGCGCGCCUCAGCGACCGCUUCAUCUCGGUGGAGCUGGUGAACGAGAGCCUCUUCGACUGGAACGUGAAGCUGCACCAGGUGGACAAGGACUCGGUGCUGUGGCAGGACAUGAAGGAGACCAACACGGAGUUCAUCCUGCUCAACCUCACCUUCCCCGAUAACUUCCCCUUCUCGCCACCCUUUAUGCGGGUGCUCAGCCCGCGACUGGAGAAUGGCUACGUGCUGGACGGAGGCGCCAUCUGCAUGGAGCUGCUCACGCCGCGCGGCUGGUCCAGCGCAUACACGGUGGAGGCCGUCAUGCGCCAGUUCGCUGCCAGCCUGGUCAAGGGCCAGGGACGGAUCUGCAGAAAAGCCGGCAAGUCAAAAAAGUCCUUCAGCCGCAAGGAAGCCGAAGCAACCUUUAAGAGUCUGGUGAAGACACAUGAGAAGUACGGCUGGGUCACCCCGCCCGUGUCUGAUGGCUGAUGCCUGCACGAGCCCCAGACGCCUGAGCCGCCCGUCCACACUCCACCCUGCCAUCUCCUCCCACCGCUGCGCAUCUUCUACCCUUUUCUACUCCAGCCAGAACUGUGCCCUGAAUGCAAAGGACACACCUAA